AUUUCCAGUACUAUGACAAAGAUAACAUUGGCGAGAUGGGCGCGUACGAGUUACGUGAUGCUCUCAAGGGACUAAAUUUCAAGCUUAGUAAUCGUUCACUGGAGACCAUUGUACUGAGGUUCCACAGCAAGCGUGGCGUCAUCAGUUUCGACAUGUUCGUACAAAUUAACGUCAGGCUUGUUUUGAUGUUCGAAAGUUUUCUUAGAAGAUCGCGAGCUUCGCGGACUGGCAAGGUUGUUUUUAGCAUGGAUGACUUCAUUAUGGCAACUCUCUGCAUUUGAAGACAUGUCACUACCCAGCCUGCAACAGGAGCAAAAUUAGUCCAAUUAAUCAGUAAACUACUUCGAACAUCUAUGUUGAUUGUUGUAGACUAAGUGUUAUCCCACACAUUGAAGAUACAGCCAAUCAAAAUGCAUGAAGACCGAUGUGCAUGUGAUGGUUUUUCAAUGCUGUGAUAGAAAAUAGUUAUUCAAUGCUUCCUCGUGAUACACCAUGGAAUAUCCCACUUCCCAAUUAUAUGUCUUUAGUAAACAGCACGAUCCCCUAAAGGCUUGUGCAAGAAGCCAUGGUAUGCCACGCAAAAUAUUAUUAUUAAAUAUUAUUAUUAUUCUAU